AUGGUUUCUCAUUUCUCAACCUCCUCUCGAUCCUCGCUUUCUUCACAACAGUUGCACUGUUCUUUUUGUGGAAUUCCAAUUUGUCGACAAAUCUGGAAACGGGGAGACACCAAGGAGAUCGCCGCCGCACCGUUUCUCAUGGGGAUUUUGGGUGGCACCUGUUGGCUUUGGUAUGGUUGGUUGAAAGGCGACAAUACGGUGAUUGGUCGUCACGUCGACUCAAGUUUUCUCUACUUCUCCUACUCGAUAUUUUAUUGGUUCAUGACAAGAAAUAAGUUUUGGAUUACCAUAAAAUUUCUCCUAAUUCUUUGUCUUUGUGGAACGAUCAGGCGGCUUCAAGCGUAUCAUUUCAAGGAAAAGAAUGUGGUGAUCCGUCGCGGCGCCACGUCGACUCUUCCCCUUCCGCUUUGCAUCGCGAACUUUUUGGUCUCCACCGAGUGGUUCUUGUAUGGAUUUCUGAAAAUGGAUUUCUAUUUGAUUACUCCAAAUGGAAUCGGCUCAAUUCUAGCCUUUUUCACAGCUCGUUCUGUUUCUCGUUUUACCACGAAAACCCGGGCAGAAAAGCCCGAUUCGGCGACUCGUCACCUCGUGUCGGAAGAAUGGAGU